CCCUUCAGCCAAUCGGAUUUUCAGAGAAGCAACCUCACCCAUUGCUGAAUGGAUCUCCUGACCUACAACAGAUCCAAAUCUAUGGCAAAUCUAGACAGCGUAAUAAAAAGCAGAGACAUCAUCCUGAAAACAAAAGAGAUCAACCCUGACAGCUCUUUAGAAGGCCAGAUCCUGAAGAUGAAACUGAAAUACUUUGGCCACCUAAUGAGAAAGAAGGACUCACUGGAGAAGAGCCUAAUGCUGGGAAAGAUUGAGGGCAAAAGAAGAAAGGGAUGACAGAGAACGAGGUGGCUCGAUGGAGUCACUGAAGCAGUAGGCAUGAGCUUAAAUGGACUUCAGAGGAUGGUAGAGGACAAGAAGGCCUGGAGGAACAUUGUCCAUGGGAUCGUGAUGGGUGGGACACGACUUCAUGACUAACAACAACAACAACAGAUCCUACCUUCUUCUAAUGAUCUCCUUCCAGUUCCAACACUCAUUUCUUCACUAAAGGAUGGAUCGUAGGCUAAAAAAGUUACCCUUCCUGAAGAAAAAGGACAGCAAGGAGUCCCGUCCAUAGAGCAACAACAAUGACCGGCAUCGGUGGGCGAACCAGGAAGUUCUCUCCUCUGACUCCCAGCCAUCCACUUCCUUAGCUACUCAGAGAACCACACAGGUCUUUCCUCUGAUUGUGGCGUCUUCCCCAGUUACCUUGGAGGAAAAGAAGAAGGUUCAGCCUCCAGUGCUGGUGCUGCCCAAUUUGGACCAGAAAACAGCUUUCAGGACGCCUCCAAGACCACCUGAGACAGAGAGGAAGCCUGACCUGAAAGAGCCCCCUCCGUUACCAAGGAGGCCCGAGAGGGAAAGGCCUCAGGGGAGUAAAGCCACUCCGAACACCAUCCUGCCUUCAUAUCCAGAACUCUCUGAUGAAUGCUUCAGAAAUUUGUGGGAGAGUAAGAAGCCGCUCAAAUGCAGACCUGUGAAAGAAGUCUUGGACUUGAUGGAUGAGCAGGAAAUACUAGACACCAUCUUGGACCAUCUUCGUCCUUUCCAGAUUCCUGCAGAGCACAAACCGGCUCAGGGGAAAACAAGUGGCUUGCCACCCAUCAACCGGAAGCGUGCAAUGCAACAAAGCACCUCCCAGUUCUGGCCUAAAGACAAGGACGAAGGGCUGAAGAAAGCCUUCAUGAGGUCCAUCAACAUGAUAACCAAAGCUGUUUCCUACAGCUGGAGACAAGACGUCCAUUUGCCCUAUAAAGAGGACCUAGUCACAAACAUCAUUGAAGUCAUUGAAGAUGAGCCCGCAAGAUCCGUAUCCAUCGUAAAUCUCCAUCAAGCGGUUGUCACCAUCACCUGCAUGAGAAGUGCCAAGGAGCUAUGGGGGGCGCUGGCUGAAGACCCUUAUGCCAACAUGAAGAUCAUGAAGCCCCUCCUCAAAAGGCUUCAGGACCAAGAUCCUAGCACCGAAGCCAUUGGGAGGAGAAACAGCAAGUCAACCAUGCCCAUUGCGUUUCUGUAUCACCCGGAGGUUGGCCACGUCUUUAUCAUGCAAGACAUUCUCGAUGUUCUCCUGGAAUGGAUGACUCAGCUGUAUCCCCUCAUACAGAUCUUUAGCACUCGAGGUCUGGGAUACCUUUUACAACACCCCUUCGAGGAGGAGGCCAAAAAUAGCAAUGGAGGUAUUCCUCAAUUCGAUGUCCUCCUACAAAGGAAGAGAAACAGGAGCGGAAGAAGAUUGACAGCCUUGCAUCCAUAGAUGUCAACAUUGAGGAGUCUGAAGAGGAGCUGAAGGGUCCGGAGAGCUUCCUUAGCUACGCUCUUGUCUGGCUGAUAGGCACAGUUUAUGACUGGCAUUAAGACUGGCCUAGGCACAUAAAAAGAAAAUGUUGGUGGGGUUAGCAGAGACGGCUAAAUCAACUGAUUCAAGGAAAAAAACACGCAAGUUCCAGACAUCGUCAAUGGUUGAUGGUUGCUACCACUCUUCUCCAUUGGCACCUGUGGCUCUGUGACCUUCUUGUGGAACCUUCUCCUCUCUCUGAAAUUAAAUUUUCCUGUCUUUCUCCAGGGCCUGUUUCCACAAUUUCCCUGCAGGUCUUGUUUCUGAUGUUCCUUUGUGGUCCUUCACGAUGUAAGAAUUCUCUUUAUGCUUCCUCGCUUUCCCCAAAGACCAGCUGGAAGGGAAGUAUCCGGGGGGUCAUUGGUUGCCCCCUGUCCUCUUUGGAAAAGCUUGAUAGCUCCCCCUGCCUUAAGAAAGCUCAAAACAUCCUUAAAGAUCCAUCUCAUCCUGGGACCCCUUUUUUUUGAACUAUUACCAUCUGGCAGAUGGUACAGGACAAUAAAAACAAGGACAAAUAGGCUGAAAAACAGCUUCUAUCCCAGAGCAGUAAGUAUACUGAAUUCUACUGUAGAAUGCAACAUUAAUGCAAUAUCAGGGAGUUUCAAUUCAAUUGCAUACAAUGUGAAGGUGGUGUAUUUUUGUUUUAUUUUUAUAGGGUUUUUUAAAGAUAUAAUAUACAGUGAAGAUGGCACUUAAUUUCAUUCUAUGCGGUGCCAUGACAAUAUAUUAAGCUAUAAAAUUAUUAUUGCUUGGGCUUGGAGAUCCUCCUGUUGAUUUUGGAGAGGAGUUGACUCCUAAUAAGGCCUGACUUGAUCCGAUGGCCCCACUGCCGAAAGAGUUCUUCUACUGAGUCAGCUGCAGCCUGAACCACCGAGGCUUUGCAAUCCACUUGCAGAUCCAGGAGACCUGAAACAAAUCCAGAAAACAAAUGAUUUCCGGGAUCGACCGGGAGAAUUAACCCUGAUCAGCGACAGAGCUUCUGGAGAAAAAAAUCACCACUUCAAGUGAGGGAACUUUUGAAACUCACCCAGGAAAACUUCUCCCAGUUGUUUGGAAGACACCACAUCCGGUUUCAUGUAUUGCGCGCAGCAGCCUAGACACAUAAAAAGAAAACGUUGGUGGGGUUAGCAGAGACGGCUAAAUCGACUGAUUCAAGAAAAAAAACCACGCAAUUCAUUGGUUUCCAUUUGAAAGAGUCACUUUGGGACUUUACGGGAUGGAUACAGGGAUUGGCUAUGUCACGCGGUCUAAUGAAAAGAAGGACUAGGGGUAACGGUUCUUCAUCUGUUUUUGUCUCCAGGCGUCACCGGAGGCUUUUCAGAAGAGAUUGGACAGCCACUUGUCUGAAAUGGUAGAGGAUCUCCUGCUUGAGGGCUGGACUAGAAGACCUGUAAGGUCUCUUCCAACUCUAUUAUUUUAUAUUCUAUGACUGCAAACAACCAGCAUCCUUGACUAAACCCUAAGCAGCAUUGAAUCCAGUUAAUGCUAGAAUGGGAGACCACAUGGAAAUAUUUCCAGACAGAAAACCACUGCUGUAGGGUUGUCUAUACAAUAGAGAGAGAUACAGGCCAGGUAGUCCUCGACUUAUAACAGUUCAUUUAGUGACCAUUCAAACUUACAAUGGCACUGAAAAAAGUAGCUUACGACUGCUUUUCACACUUACUACCCUUGCCGCAUCCCAACAGUCACGGGAUCAAAAUCCAGAUGCUUGGCAAAUCGACUUGUAUUUAUGACAGUUGCAGUGUCUUGGGGGGUCACGUGCCAUCUUCGGAUGAGCAAAAUCUGGGGUAUAGGUAUGUAGGUCUUGGCAUAUUCGGGUCUUCUCCCGUGUAAGGUUGAGAGUGUCUUGGUGCGUUUCGACGAGGUCUCUCUCAUUAUCAGGCUGGUGCUUUCGGCUUCGUGCUUGUGCAAACAAAGCGUGGUCGGAGCUGCUGUCUAUAAAUACUGGUGGAGGUGGGGAGUGUUGCUGUGAGCAGGUUGGUUGGCUGUGUGGUUGCAUCUUGAUUGGUAGAUGGAGUGGGUGUUUGCAGAUUGGUCGGCUGUUUUGUAGCAUCCUUUGUGGGUGUGGUCCUAGUCUUUUGUUCCUGAGCUUUGGCGUUGUGGCCUCUGGAGUUCUGUGAUGUGAUGUCUUGAGCGGAUGGCUUUGAUGCAGCAUCCCGGGUCUUGGUUUGGCUCCGAGUCCAAGGUCUUGUCAUGUUUUCCUGGCGUGUGUCAGCUUGCUUUGUGUGGGGAUCGGAGGGGGGCGCAACGGCCAGUGGUGCCAGCAUGGUCUGGCUUCUGGAUGGUGGUUGUGUUUCAUCUGUGGGAUGGGUUUGGAUUUGAAUCUGGUGAGGAUGGUUGGUGGUGGCGUUGUGUGUUAUCCUGGGUCCGGUGUCAAUUUUCGUGGCUGGGACUCGUUUAGUGACUAAGGCUAGUUUCCAGAUGUCUGGUAGGCAGGAGGUGUUGUCCCAUUUGUUCAUGUUGUGGGGGUGUUUCUUUAUUUCAAUGGCUUCCAUAAUUAUUCUCUUGUUAUAGUGUUCGGUUUUGGAGAUUAAUUUGGUUCCUUCAAAAUCAAUUUCAUGUCCUGUGGUUUUAAAGUGCUGGAAAAAGGAGGAGGUUUUUUCUUCUUUUCUGACUGCGUUCCUGUUUUCCGCGAUGCGUGCAUUUAUUCUCCUAUUAGUUUGUGCAACAUAUGUGGCUGGGCAGAUUUUGCAUGGUAUUUCAUAGACUCCUUGGUUUUCUAGAUGGAUCUUGUCUUUGGGGUUUCUUAAGAUGUUGGCUAUUUUUUGGUCUGUGCAGAAGGCUGUCUUGAUGUUGUGUUUGUGGAGAAUUUUGCUGAUUUUAUCUGUGGUGCCUUUGAUGUACGGGAGGAGGGCGAUGCCGUUGUCUUGUUCUGUGUCUUGGUUCUUGGGCGGUGUGUCCCUUUGGAUUAGGUUGGUAAUUGUGUUUCUUUGGAAUCCGUUGGAGAUUAAUACGUUUGUGAGAGUGUGUAAUUCAGUUUUCAGGUGGUCUUUGUCAGCUAGGAGGAGAAACAGGAAUUGAGAGUGUUCCUGGAGACCUGGCCGAGGGAGGAAAGAGGAGAUGCUGUCACCCAGUUGGGUCAUGAAAGGUCUGCAAGAAAACUAACCAAGUUCAAAGAGCACCAACUUCAGGAUUGUCCAGAACCUCUUUGCAUUCUCCAGAGUGUCCAUGUGGUACAACCACGUUGCUCUGAGUGAAGAUGAGGGUAAAGAGUGGUUUGACUGAGAUGGGAGCAUGAAGAGACCAGGAGCUCAGCUUACCCAGCCCUUCAACUCACUUCUUUUGUCCGAUCAUUUGCCAGUUGGAUGAAUAGGGGAACAAGGCUGUUCAGGAUGUUUUCGGUCAGAUUACUAUUACGUUUGUCCUUCAAUCCAUUCAGAAGAAGACCAAAAAUAGUGAUUGAGGUGUUCCUCAAUUCGAUGUCGUCCCAAGAAGGAAGAGAAACAGGUUAGUCCCUCCAAUAGCAGAAAAUGGAUGUAGCUCAAUGCUGAACUUUUGGGUUCUUGAGGUGGUUGGUGGCUGCCAUGCAGAAGUAUUUGAAGUUUGCAGAAGAACACACAAGUUCAGAGCACACCUAUUCUCAGUUCAAUGUCCAUGGAGAUGGUCUAUCAUCCAGGUCAUGGUUGCCCCAAAGAUACUUUUGAAAAAGGCAACUAGACUUUGUUUUUCCUUGAAGAUGUUUCACUUCUCAUCCAAGAAUCUUCUUCACGUCUGCUAAUCAGAACUGAAGAAGCUUAUUGGGUGAAGAGAAGAGAAACCUCCUCAGGGAAAAACAAAGUCUAGGCCAUUUUUGCCCUCACCAGCCUUCUAGAAAGGCUAGGAGCCUGAAGAAAGCAAAAAACGGGCCUUUCCCACCCACCCCCACCCCUACCCAGGCUAUCCGGAGGUAGGAUACAACCUGUUUCCCUACUGCUGGUGUGCCCAGAAGGCCCAAAAAUCAGCUGGCCGGCACGCACAUGUGCGUCGGAGCUGAGCUUGUAUACCCAUCAAUAUGGCUACGUGUGCCACCUGUGACAUGCAUGCCAUAGGUUCACCAUCAUGGCCCUAGACUCCGCUGGACAAAUGGCUGUCUAGUCUCUUCUUGAAAACCUCCAGUGAUGGAGCACCCACAACUUCUGGAGGCAAGUCGUUCCCCCAAUUAAGAGAAUAACAGAAUUGAAGGGAACUCAGAGGUCUUCUAGUCCAACCCCCUGCUCAAGCAAGAGACGCCAUACCAUUUCAAAUAAAUGGUGGUUCAGGCUUUUCGUAAAAACCUCCAGUGAUGGAGCACCCAGAACUUCUGGGGCAAGUCAUCCUAAAGAUUAAUUGUUCUCACAGCCAGGAAAUUUCUCCUUAGGUCUAGGUUGCUUCUCUCCUUGAUUAGUUUCCAUCCUUUGCUGCUGCUUCUCCUUUCAGAUCUUCUCUAAGAGGAUCUACUUGAUCCUUCAGAUCUUCCAGGGGUGCACCCAUCUUUGUAGAAGAGACACCACUCUAGCUGAAUCUGUCCUCUUUCUGCUGGUUGUCUUCUUAUCCUUCUUCUAUCCUUCCCAGCCUUGUAGACUUUCCAGAGGAUGAGGUCACACCUGCUACUACCUUGGAAGCUACUCACUUCCUGCCCCCCAUCUCUUACCUCGCUCUAAAAGGUACCCAAGACCUCUAGUGCUAAAAAUUUGGAGGAGUGGAUAUGGCUGUGUCAUCCAUUCCAGGAGAUAAUCGAGAACAUCUUUCAUGAUAAAGACGUCAACAACCUCCGGGUGAUAAAGAAGCUGAGGAACAAGUCGAGAUACGCAGCAUUAGCAAAACAAAGGAAUGGAACUUUCCUGAGAGCCUCUACUAACUAAGAGAUGCCACAUUCAGCCAUUAUUACCACACGCCUCCCACCGACCCGUACGCUCCCAUAGAGAGGGACUUCUCAGGGUGCCGUCCGCCAAACAAUGUCGGCUGGCGGCCCCCAGGGGAAGGGCCUUCUCUGUGGGGGCUCCCACACUCUGGAACGAGCUUCCCCCGGGUUUACGCCAAAUACCCGACCUUCGGACAUUUCGUCGCGAACUCAAGACUCAUCUCUUUAUCCGCGCGGGGCUGGCUUAAAUUAGGAUUUUAAUGUUUAAAUUUAUUAAUUUUAAACGGGGUUUUUUAAUAUGGGAAAUUUUAAUCAUUGGGCUAAUUUAAAAUAAGUUUUUUAAUUCGUAUUUUAAACUUGUAUAUUGUAUUGUCGGUUUUAUUAUGCCUGUACACCACCCUGAGUCCUUCGGGAGAAGGGCGGUAUAAAAAUCAAAUCAAAUCAAUAAAUAAAAUAAAUAAAUUAUGGGGAGAGAAAAAGAAAAUACAGUCCUCGUUUAGUGACCGCUGAAAGUCACAACAGCACUGACAAAAGGGACAUGUCCAUUUUUCAGACUUAUGACCAGAACCCUAACCCUUAUGACUUAGAACCCUAACCCCUCCCUCCCUCCCUCCCCACCAACAACUUCUGGAGGGAAGCCAUUUCACCGAUUAACAGAAUACCAGAAAACCUUGGAGCUCUUCUGGUCUAACAUCCUGUUCAAGCAGGAGACCCUUUACCAUGUUCAGACAAAUGGCUGUCCAGUCUCUUCUUCAAGAGCUCCAGUGAUUUUUUUAUAUAUAAAAGUUUUUAUUUUUCCAUAACAACAACAAAAAAACACAUUCUCAUCAAACAAUUACAAUGUGCUGAAGGGGUGUUUACAUAUCUUCUUGUGCAAUCUCCACUUAAACAUCUCUUUCAUAUACAUAUCUUAUAUUGUCUUUUCUAACAUAUCUUUCCUUCUAACCAAUGGUAAAAUAAAUUCCAUAUCUCAUAAUAUUGCUUAUCUUCUUGAGCUCUAAUUUCAAAUGUCAAUUUACUCAUCUCUGCACAUUCCAUCAUCUUCCUAAUUAUUUCAUCUUGCAAAGGUUUUUUUCCUUUUUCCAGUUUUUAGCAAACACAAUCCUGGCUGCUGUAAUAAUAUUCACAAUCAAAUAUUUUACAUCUCUAGUAUAUAUCUCAGGAAUAAUUCCCAACAGAAAGACUUCCGGCUUAAAAUCUAUAUGUUUUUUAAUCAUUUUCUCCAACUAUGUGUGUAUUUUAGUCCAAUAUCUUUUUGCUUCAACGCAUGUCCACCACAUAUGGUAAUAUGAUCCAGGUAUCUGAUGACACUUCCAGCAAUUUUCAGAUUUAUCCUUAAACAUUCUGGCAAUUCUUGUCGAGGGUAGAUGCCACCUGUAAAACAUCUUAUACAAAUUCUCUUCGUAUGCUGUAGACAUUAUCAUUUUAUAAUUAUACAUCCAUAAUUUCUGCCAGGCUUCUAGAUCUAUCCCAUGGCCAAAAUAACACAAUACACGAGCACACAAUAGAUUUAAACUUAAAGUGAACCGCUCCAAUCUUGAUUGUAGAAAAUAUGACUUCAAUAACAGAGUGGUUAAUGCCUGGAAUGCGCUACCUGACUCUGUGGUCUCUUCCCAAAAUCCCCAAAGCUUUAACCAAAGACUAUCUACUGUUGACCUCACCCCAUUCCUAAGAGGUCUGUAAGGGGCGUACGUAAGAGCACCAGUGUGCCUACCGUUCCUGUCGUAAUGUUCCCUUUGGUUGUAUCCAAUUUGUAUGGUUAUUUCAUGCUUAUACUUAUAUAUAUUGUUGUGUUUGACAAAUAAAUAAAUAAAAAUAAAAUAAAAAACAAAAUUCUUCCCCCAAGAAAUCAUUGUCUCUUUUACUUGUUCUUCUCCCAAUUUUUC